AUGAGCAUGGACGACCCGAUUGAGAUGAUCAGAAUGUUACAGCAGAAGAUGGACGAGAUGCAACAAUGUCAUGAGGACGAACUCGCGGUCGUUAAGGCCGAUUGUGAGGCCCGGAUAGCCCAGGAGAUCGUUGGAAAGGGAGGUGAGGACGAGCGGGCAAAGGAGAAGGGAAAGGCCGCCGCGGAGGACCACGCGGAACACAACAGCGGACGCGACAAAACUUGGAAACCGACGGAGUCCGAAGCCGAAGGGAGUAAGGCCAAAUCAAUACACGCGGAGAGCGCCGCAGAGGAUAGACGGAUGGUGGUGAAACCUGAGCCUUCAUCCACACUAUUGCUCCCCUUUGCCCAAGACAUCAUGGAUGUUCAGAUUUCGGAACAAUUCGUUGCGCCGCAAUUCAAGAUGUAUGACGGGACCAUGGAUCCCGAGGCCCACAUCAAGACUUUCUCGAACGCGAUGGCGUUCAGGACAGGCAACGACGCCAUCUGGUGUCGGGCAUUUUCGUUAUCAUUGGAGGACGAAGCACUUGAAUGGUUCAACUCUCUUCCCCCCAAUUCCACAGAGAACUUCGCCGGCUUAAAACGCUUGUUCAACUGGUUGUUCGCCGCUAACAGCACGCAAGACCUAACCGUGUUCGAGCUGGUCACCCUGAAGCAGGGCAAGGAAGAAACGCUGAGAGCGUUUAUGGACCGUUAUCAAAAGACCGUCCGGCGAGUGAAGGCAUUGAGCCCGGAGCUCGCCCUCCAUUACAUCCUCCCUGCACUCAAGCCCGGACCGUUUAAAGACAGUGUCUGUCGACGGGCCCCCAAAACUAUGGAAGAGUUGAGGGAGCGGGCGACGGACGAAAUUAGGGUGGAAGAGAUGAAGUUGUCAUACAAGAAGGAGAGCCAAAAGCUUAUGGGGGAAAAGACGGACGGGGGAAGGUCGGGCAACUCAGCAGCAAAGCCGGGCGGCCUCAAACAGAAGGAACCGCGACGAGGACCACUCUUCCAACAGUACACCCCCUUGAACGCCCCCCGGGAGAAGAUCCUCCGGGAGGCGCUAAGCGCGGACUUGCUCCCAGAACCCAUGAAGCGACUUACUCCAUCAGGCGCAGACGGGAGCAAACACUGCGCCUACCACAAGAACAUGGGUCAUACCACCGAAGAGUGUGUGACCCUAAAAGACAAAAUUGAAGAGUUAAUCCGGGCGGGUCAACUCAAAAAGUACAUUCGGAUUGACCGCCCUCAGGCACCCGUGGAACGGCCCGCCCCGCGGCAGGCAUACAGACCCGACAGGUCUAGGAACGAUCGGACUGAUCGCCCUCGCUCGGAGCGACGACGAAGCAAAAGCCGCAGUAGAAGCCGCGAACGUCCCCUGCGGGGACACAUUAACACCAUUUCGGGAGGCUUCGCUGGAGGGGGGUCAUCUUCGUCCGCCCGGAAGCGUCACAUGCGGGCCCUGUAG